GCACAAACCGAGCUCAUACAGAAUACAAUCCAGUCCCGUUCCGUGCACUCAGUGUCUCAGAGGUCGUUUUAAAUUUAAAGCUUCAAAAGCGUUUCUUCAUUUUACAAUUUAAGCCAAUGUCUUCCCGGGAAUAUCCUAAGGUAUGGGACCGUUUCGAGCGAACAGUUGACGGUGGUACGAUGAAAUUCGUAGUAGAGGAUGUAUCUGAAGCUAUGUGGGGCACCGCAGUCGAGUUCAUGUUGGGAAAUUAUAUUAAGGAAGAUGUUUGGUGGAGCACGGCGGGUACGGCGAGGGACCACGAUGCCGUGCAGGAAUACCGUGUGCUGCUGACAUCGAUCAUUAGGCAGAAGAUGUCGCUUGCCUGCUUUCUGGCUGACGGAGAUGGAUCUGGACAUACUUUAGUUGGUGCGAAUCUUUGCCUGCCUCAGGUCAAGGGAGAGUUUGUGGACCAUAAUCCGCCAAAAACCGAAGCCGGCCUAUUAUCCCUACGCAUGUUCGCAGAGGCGAUGAAAGUGCCCGUAAUUUAUGAUAAAUACGGAGUUGGUGAAUACUUAAUGGGUGUCGGCCUCUCCGUAGCCCCGGAGUACAGGAGAUUGGGCAUCGCCACCGAAUUACUCACGGCGAGAAUCGCACUAUCGAAGAGCCUGGGAUUUCGAGCAACUGGCGGCAUCUUCACCAGUGAACACGGUCAACUAGCUGCUGAAAAAGCCAGCUACGAGUGUCUUUACACAAUUCCGUACAAAAAGUUUGGUAAACUCUGCAACAUCGUCUUUAACAGUAGCACGCAAGAUUUGAAGAUAUAUGCUAUCAAAACUGAAUGAAAUAUUACUG